AUGGCGCCAAUCGAGACCCCGCGACCACGCGUGAGAAGUGCACGACCGCCCCGGCGACACAUCUCUGACACGGCGCCUGUCAACAAACGGCGCAAAUACAUACCGGGCGGCGCAGGGGGUGGUGGGCAGUACGUUGAUUACGAAGGGCCCGAAACACCAGGAUAUAGCUAUACGGGCGCUCGCAGCCGCACCGGACGCCUCAACGCCGACAGACAGCACGGUUCCAUGUCGGCGCCCUCGCCGUCAUACUCACGACCCCGACGCGAACGGCCGGCCGGCGGACCACGCUCCAGCUCUGCUGCUGCAGUUGCCGCCGCCGUGGCUCAAAACGAUGGAUUCAAGCCGCGCGAAGAACGGUCCUGGGACGAGUUCCAUCCUGAUCUCGACAUAGAUGCCGAAUUGCCCGUCUUUAGCGCAGACCAGAUUGAUGGCAUCAGUCCGACGGAAAGUGCCUCAGCCACGCCACAGGACGCUUCGGCCAGCGGACAAUAUGCGAUUGAUAAUGGUUUCUCUGCUCUCCUUGACGGCCUGCGAUCCCAGCCGCCCGAGCCUGCCGAGCAUGAAGAAAGCGCGCUUCUGACACCAAAACCACGACGGCCUGGACGACCCCCGCGCGACAGACACUCCUCCAUGCUUUCCGGUCUCGGCCCGCCCCCUCGGCCGCGCAUCAAUCCCCUUCCGACGAUGAAUCCCCGCGAGAAAUUGAAUCUGCCCAAACCAUCAGUGCGCCAAGUGGACCCGUUCAAGGAGCACGAGGAAAGCGAAGGAGUCAAGGUCAAUUAUGUGGACAAGACCAUGGCGAACAUUGGCUAUCAGGAGAGCGAGGUCUUUGUAAGGAGCUCGGAGAAUAGCCUGAUUCGCCUCCCCGAAGGCUCCAUUGAAGAAGACCUUGACCUGACAUUGCAGACAGAGGCCGAGGGGACUGCGGGCGCAGUUGCUCUGGGUCGCGUGGAAUUCGACAUGGAUGAGCAAGACGAACGGUGGCUGGAGGCGCUCAAUGUGCAGCGAAAAGAAGAGGGCGUUGAAGGCAUCAAACCCGCGAUAUUUGAAGUCACAAUCACUCAGAUCGAGAAAGAGUGGCAUGCAUUGGAGAAGCGCAUACCCAAACCAAAUCCCAAGCCACCUCAGACGCAUCGGCCGCGAUCUAGUAGUGCAGCGGCUGUCAACGGAGAACCCGCUGGGCAAGGUGAGGAACAAGACACAAAGUGCGCUAUUUGCGAUGAUGGCGACUGCGAGAACACCAAUGCCAUAGUUUUUUGCGAUGGAUGCGACCUGGCUGUACACCAGGAAUGCUAUGGAGUGCCUUUCAUUCCAGAAGGCCAGUGGCUAUGUAGACGGUGCCAGUUAGUGGGGCGCGGUACGCCCGUUAGUGAGCUUCCGGGCUGCAUCUUUUGUCCAAACAUCGAUGGUGCAUUCAAGCAGACAACAUCCAUGAAAUGGGCACACUUGCUAUGCGCCAUGUGGAUCCCAGAAGUAUCACUUGGCAAUGCAACCUUCCAAGAGCCAGUGCAGGACGUGGAGAAGGUACCCAAGACUCGCUGGAAAUUGUCGUGUUACAUCUGCAAACAGAAAAUGGGCGCUUGUAUCCAGUGCGGACACAAGUCGUGUUUUGAGGCUUUCCAUGUGACAUGUGCGCGCCGGGCCAGGCUGUGCUUACGUAUGAAGGCGUCACAGUCGACAAAUCCACAGGAUCCGACCGUGCUCAAAGCCUAUUGCGACCGUCACACUCCCUCCGACUGGAAGCGCGAGUAUGAUGUGGAGAGCGCGAUUGCAGAUGCAAAAGCCUUUUACCGGCAUACCAUGCGCCAUGUCCGAUGGCCAGACAGUCAAGCAUACGCCCUUUCCAUCGGAUCGUCACAUGCAAUGCCUUCUAUCGAAGGACCAGACGACGAUACCCCAGGCUCCAACAAGCGCAAACGCGCAUCGGGGACAAAAUCCUGGAGACUUCCUUCUGGCGCUCCCGUUGUACCACAGGCCGUCUACCACAAUGUCGAAAACACGCUCAUUAGAUUCAACGUUCGUAAGCGCAAGGAGUUUGUACAGGACGCCUGCAAAUACUGGACAUUGAAGCGAGAGGCACGGCGUGGUGCUGCGCUCCUCAAGCGCCUACAGCUGCAAAUGGAGGCUUUCUCGUCCAUGGAGAUCACCCGCCGUAAUUUUGCAGGCAUGGGUGCCGCUGGCAGACCUCGGCUGCAGCGACGUAUUGAGUUUGCAGAGCGCCUUGAAGACGACAUGGAACAGAUCCGGGUGCUGUGUGAAAUGGUCAAACAGCGAGAGGCUGAAAAGCUCAAGGAUGUCCUCAUUUUGCAGCAAAUUGUCGACUGCAUCUACUUCCCGAUUCCGCAACUGCUGCAGCCCAUUCUCGCUCGAGCACAAGCACUUGACAGCCGAGGCUACUUUAGCGAUGGGUUUAAUCAGCUCCAGACCAAGCUCGACGAGAAGUUUUACACGUCCGUACAGACAUUUAACGAAGACAUGGCGGCUGCUCUGAGCGCUGAGCUUGGGUUUGCCGCCGUCACCAACAUCAACGAGGCCGAACAACAGCUCAACCAGGUCUCCCAUAGCAGCUUGACGUCUGAGCAGAAGGAGAUGAAGAAGAUUGUCAAGCGCAUCACCAAAGUCUUGCAGCCCCAUUUUGAGGACGCAAUCCGAAAAGAAUCCGAGCUGGCUGGCAGGCCAUACGAGAAACUGCCUGAUUUGGAGACGCUCCUUAAUCAAAAGCUCCAGCGCAGGUCCAGUGUGCUCUCACAUGAUGAAAAUAUUCGGCAAACCACGGAAACGGACCAGCCAAAUGUGGGACAAGUCCACAAGGGUGUUCUGGAUGGAGAAGAAGCCGCCGCCAUUGGCCAGAAGUCUGAAGAAAUACAAAUGGCGCCCACUCCCGACGAAAAUGGCGCGGAUGCAGACCGUACACACGAUGAAGCGGCUGAUGAGGCGGCUAUUGCGCUGCAGCUUGGUCAAGACGCAUUGCACGUUUCUCAGACGCAGGCUCAAGGCGACGGACUUGCCGAAAACCAUGGCCAUGUCGAUGGUCGUCCCGAGCCUUUGACGCCUCCGAGAUCGGAGAAGAACCUACUUAAUCCGCUGGGCAACGGCGGUGUGCCGUGGUACUUUGAGACGUUUGAUGUGCACGGGACCACCGUAUACGAAGAGCGGUAUACUGGUCGUGAGGUGCUUCGAGACAUGAGCGAGGAGUUGAGUGAGCUGGACGAUGACGAGCUGGACGGCCUAGCCAAUUCGGAUCCUGUCCGAUCGUUGGACACGGCAGAAUCGAACGUGGCAGCCAUCAAGAAGGCGGUGGCGCGCAAAAGGCAGAAGCGGUCCAGGGGGUGGUGAUUGAGGAUGUGGUCAGUAUUUUGUUUCUUUGUUUGCUUUGUUUUCCUCUUCUUGCGCAUGGACAAGUCGUGUCGCAUCUUGUAUUAUCUUGGGCAUUUGUAACAUAGCUACCUGACGGCGUAGAAGGGACACUACGGGCGUGUGGUGCAUGGCGUACACUUUACGAUCUGGGACCGGCCAACGCGUGUCGAUGGUUUCUUUCCAGCAGGACAUGGUGGCAUGGAGUAAUUGGAUUGGUUAGCUGCCGGGUUGCAGUUGCACCGAGUCUCGUCGGCAGGGGUAACGAAACAUGGGGAGCAGUAGGCUGGAACACGAGCAAGAACAAGUAUAGUAGUUUAUUCUCAUGGCGACCGCUUGGAGCAGCUUGUUGCGGCAGCCAGCGUGAGGACGGAUGGGGAAUGG